GUUCGGAAGUUGGAACGCCUCGAGGAACGUUUCAAAAUGAAUCUACCAGGAACUUUUCUCUGCCGGAUGGUUCGAACUUUCGACAACAAUAAUUGCGCACCCUGCAGUGUACUUAAUUGCCCAAGAAAGUGUUCGGCAGUUAGCGGGUCUUCUGAAUCGGAGUGCAACCACGGUUCGCGUGCAGGCUCCGCGAGCGCUCCCAAUCAUGAACCGUCGAUCAACAAGUUGCAAUCGCUGGAUCUCUCCGCGUACACGAGUCGUACAUGAGAACUGGCGUGCUCGGCCGAUUUCAAGUCCACUACCUGCUCGAUAAUUACUCGAAUUUUUCCAGACGGAAUAAUCUCGCGCGCGCUGCCCAUUUUCCACUCCUAUUCCCGACGGUGAUCGUGUUUAUCCAAUCGGUUGCGCAAGCAGCCAACCAACGAUUACCGCCGCCACCGGUUCUCCACGGGCGCAGCCCAUUUUCAAAUUCGCUAAUAUCAGUGUUUCCUUCUCCGUCCACAAGCGCGGCGAUAAUUUUCCGCGACUCGGGGAAAAAACGAGUAUUCGCGUUACGACGCGGGUUCGGCUCGUUAACCGGCCGCUCGUGAAAGUCCGGCGCGCCGAGCCGCUUCGAAACGAGGAAACAGGCGGUUGACCGGCACUCGGAAGCGCAGAUCCGAGAUACGUAAUUAGAAUCCUCGAUCGGAGAUGCGGCUUCGAUAAGGACCACCGUGAAAUCGUCGGCGUUCCCCGAGAAAAAUCACAGAAUUCGCGUGAAUUCGAUCGCUUCGUUUGUUACAUUUAACGAGCUUACCUUCUGAUUUCCUUUUACUUUUGGGCAUUCCGAAUGUUUGGUAGAUACAAAGAGGUGGCAGAUGCGGUCGAGAACCGUUGGAAAAUAAUUGGAGCUUCGUUGGAAUAAUUAGGAAAUUAAAAAGUUCGCUCACCUUCGCUUGCACCAUUUCGAUUGCGCGGUGCGUUCGACGAACAGCUCGUUCGAUAUUUACUUCUUCUCGAGGAUGUUCAUCCGGAAAGACCCAUAUGUUCGAAGUUGUUUAGCGCGCUUGGAGUGCUCUCGAGGAUGUUUUCGGAGUUUCGUUUCUGAUCGGGGUGUACCGGUGUCACCAGAUGCAGGAAGAGGAUGUUCCUUCGACUGACAGUUCAAGAGAGAUGCGAAGCGAGGUAGGAGAAUGGCUGCCGACCUGCGUGGGUUCACCGAUCUGCAUCCUCUUGCUGUCAUGGUCGCUGCUGAUCUAUCAGAGCCAGCCAUCCUCUGCGAAACGGAAGAUCGAUGUGUUCACAGUGGCCAUUCUCUCGGAGAGUCUCGUGCACCAGCUCGGACUUCUUUUCUACGCGAUCCUCACGCUGAUUCGGCCAAGCAACCAUUUCGGAGAGUUCUGCUCGACCCUGGUCUGGAUGCUGAACUCCUCGAGCAUCCUGCAGGAGUUGACCCUGACCUCGAUCGCGAUUUUCACCGCGAUCAGCACCAGGGACGUCCAUCUGACGAAAAAUCAUCUUAAGUAUCACCUGGUGAGCCUGAGCGUGAUCAGCGCGUGCAUCGGAGUGACGGGUGUCCUGAACUUCGAGCCGGAGCAUUGCGUCUUCCUGGCGCAAGAGAUCUCCUUGAAGUACGGCGUCUUCGUCAACUCUCUGAGGUGUCUGCUGAUGCUGACCACCGUGAUCAGCCUGCUUCUGGCUCUGGUCAGAACGCUGUGUCGGACACCGAAGGGAGAACUGCUGAAAUCGGUGUCGGAUCUGUCGGAUGCCAGCUCCAAGAACUCUUCGGGCGCUUUCGAGUGUCAUCCACAGCAGUGGGAUCCUUCGAGUGGAUCUUGCACCAGCGGGUCCACCAAUAGCAGAGCCUGCUUGAGGAAGAAAAAGGUCCAGGUGGACGAGGCUAGCGGGAAGUCGACGAUUUAUAGCAUUCUCUUCGCUUGCUACGCUUUCCAGCAUGUCCCCAUCCUGGUGAUAUCGAUCAAGCCGAGCCUCCUCACAGACUUCUGCACACCUCAGAAUCUCGCAACGUGGCUACCUCUCGUCAAAGACACCCUGCUACCAGUUUUUCUGGCGCUGUUCGACAAGAUGUUCUGCCGCUACGUGGCCAAAGUUUACUCGAAGCAGGAUCACGCGAGGAGAUUGUCUCACGGCGGCAUAGACGGCAAGUUUCGACACUUCGAGCAGGACGCCGAGUACAAGCUGCAGCUGAACUUAAACCAAGGCCUGAAGUUCCCCUUGACUAACGGAAGCCUCUACGGACGGUUGCACAACCAUCAGAACAGAGGAAAGACCGGAACGAUCACAAUGGGCAUUCAGCACUAUCCUCGGACACAAUCGAUGAACGAGGACAGCAAUUACGCCUCCCUGCCGGCGGAGCUUUCUUCGUUCACCAGUUCAACGUUCGAGCCGCGUCAGGACACGAACCCUGUCGAGCCGGCCAAGAAGACCGCGAUCGAACAGCUGAACAAACGGCCGAGACCGAACGAGAGCUUCCAGGAGUUGACUGGCAAUCGGUGGAAGAUCGGCAGCACGGACGUUUUCGGACAGAAGAUGGAGAAUCUGGUCCAGUUGGACGAGCCCUGUCCGAAGCGAAAGUUCACCAAGAGUUUGGACGAGAUUCGAGAGGAGCCUCCGAGGAGGCACGCGAGGAGCGUACUGGGAUUGGAGAACUUGAUCAUAGGAUUGGAUAACAAUCUGCAGGAGCAACCUCGAUACCCUAGAGUUGCUCUGAGAAGGAAUCAGAGCUUCGACCAUGCUAGAUGCCAAUCGUAUCAUCGACCAUUUCUCGACUCGAGGACGUACGACUUGAAGAAGCAGGAUCCGAAGAAGGACGUGCAGCAGAAUGUCCAAAGACAGGAUGCUCCGAACGAAGCUGACGGAUACGAGACUUCCGACGACGAGAGCUGCGACCUUGAGAACGGUGACUUCGACACGAUGAGCUCCUGCCGAAGCCGAAGCAGGAGCUGCUGCUCCGUCACCACGGUGGCGAACGAUGAUUUCGAAUAUUUUCAACGUAAGGGAACGAAGGUGGAGCUGCUGCCCUCGAAGAGAACCGGCGGCGAGGUAAAGGUCAACAUGCGAUCUUUCACGCCGAGGAUCAUCGAGCACGGUGCGGAGGACGAGAGGAGGAGCAAGCGGCAGGCGCCGGACACCAAGCCUAGCAUACAGUCCUACCACCUCAAGAAGAAGAGGAUCGGUCCUGGUUUCUCGAUGAACGACCUGGACAAGCUCACCGUCGACAGGAAGCUGCCCGAUCUGUCGAUCGACAGCCUGAAGAGCAUCCUGACGAACUCCGGAGUCAGCUACCUGGAUAACGGCGAGCUCUGCAGACACGACAUCGGCGGCUCGGCGCCCGACUUCAAGAAGAUCUUCGUCACCGAGUUUAUAUGAAGGCUAGAGGAAAGUUUUUAGGAUCGUUCACGAUUUUAGAGGAUAGACCGCGGGUUCUCCGGCCGCUUGGAGAACCUGGAAGAGCGAGACGAAGGAUAUUAUAGCUUGAGAGAAUAGAGGAGCUGAAUAAUAAUCGGAGCUAGCUUACCGCUGACGAAGGUAGAGAGAUUGUUCUGAAGAGAAUGGCUGAGGCGUUAACGAAUAAAUAGGACUCUUCGGAACUAGAGGAUCGAUGACAGAGACUGUACAAAGUGUUCAUACGAAAUAAGAGAUCCGCGGCUGCUCGUAUCUGUACAGAGUACUAACUAACUUUGUUACCCGGAGCUACUCGUUCACUAUUUAUUGUAUACAAAAUUCUUGAACGUUCGGAAAAUUUCUGAAAAAAUCCCGGCCAAUUAGCGAUCGAUACCUAGAGUUUCGAAGAUCCUUGAAAUGGCUCAAGGUGGCGGAUCAACUUUGUAUAGAUGAAAGGGACGAGCAGCCGGCUUAUGAAAUUAAAAGAGUUCUGUUUUUAUACGACCCGGGGAGCCUGUACAAAGUGUUCUUGUAAAUGGAAGAAGCUUCGUUUUAGGAAAGUUAGGGAGAAAUCGCAGCAGUUCCUCGGAUCUAGGGAAUUAUGUAACUGCCGCGCGGAAGUAGUCGGAUUGGAAAGUCUGCGAACGCACCGCAUCGGCUCGAAGAAAUCAUUAAUUAAAUCAAUUGUCGGUAUCAUUCUUCUCCGGCGGUUUUUAAUCGUCGCGAUCGCUAUCGCGCCGUGUCAAUGCGAUGAAAGCCGCGAUCGGGCUGCUGCACUCUGCUCGAACAAUGCGGGGAACGUUUUAUUCAUAGUUCACGGGGCGAGAACGGCGAGAUGUUUCUCGAUGGUCGAUUCUGCGCGAGCAUUCGCGCGGAAAACCGUGCUAAGAUAAUUCGUGACUGGAGUAGCAGCAAAAUGGAAAUGAAGUUUAUUCGAGGUGGACCCGCGUUUAAACAGGACAACGCAUUACGGCGAUGCGCCUGACGGUAAAUCACCGGCGCGAACGAGUUACGAGGCACAGGAUCGAAAUUGCAACGGGCUGAAUUACGUUCCGCGCGGGCCAGGCGAACGCUAAACAGGAACGCGAGCAGGCACGUGUAAAAUAUUUGUAAAAUAUACUCCUAUUGUUUCCGCGGUUACGUUCCGCCGGUUUUAUUACGUAAGAAAAUCUUUUGUAAGCGUUUGCGCUCCCCACCCCCCUUCGGUAUUGUAUGGAGAUCGUUUUGUAUAUACCUUGUAUAUUUGUAUGGUAAUAUUUAAUUCGGCAAAUACAUGUGUACGUGGCAA